UGUUAAUCUAUCCGCCGGUGUCCGCAACCCACAGUCUACAGGACGCUUGACUCGCCUCUCCGUGAAGGGAUGGUGAACAUUAGAGAUAGAACUGAUGAUUUCAAAGAUGCUGUCCACCGAUCAGCCGUGUCUCUGGGGUUUGAUGAGACAAGAAUAGCAGCUAUAUUAGCUUCAUUUAUCAUGCGCAAACCGCGACAAAGAUCACCUUUCAUCAAAGCUGCACUGAAGACGGUAGAUAGCAUUGGAGUCCUCGAAGAAUUCAUGUUAAAACAUAAGAAGGACUAUGUGGAUUUGUACCACACAACUGAACAAGAGAGACACAGCAUUGAAAAUGAAGUAACUUUUUUCAUAAAAUCUUGCAAAGAGCAAAUAGAUCUUCUAAAAACCAGUAUAAAUCAAGUAGAUGAUGCAAAGUCAAAGGGUUGGAUUGGAUUCAAGGAUGGAUCUAUGAAUGCGGAUACAGUUGCACAUAAACAUGGAGCGUUAACAAUAAUCUCCUCUUUGAGAUUUGAAUGGUUUAUGUGUUUUUAGUGAUCAAUCCCAGCAUUUGUAUUAGUAACUUACUAACCGAUGGAGCAUUUGAUUAAUGGAAUGUGGCAUUACCUAGGUAUUGUAAUCGAAUCAAGUCAUCUAGGUAGUGUAACAUUAAAUUUUAUGAUUCUGGCGAUUAGAUUACUGCGAUGAUAUGGAGAUUAAUAUUAUCACCAUGUCCAGAUGUUUAAGAAAGACAAAGUAGAAUGGCAUUACCUCCUUAUAAAGAUAAUAUAAGAUUAUUUUGUAAUAUUUUAGAAUAUUUCAAAUUUAUCGAACAACAAUUAGUCCUGCAUUAAUGUAUGGCGUAGAGUGUUGGGCGGUGAAGCAAUGCCACAUUCAAAAGAUGAUUGUGGCAGAGAUACGUAUGUUGCAUUAAUGUGUGGACAUACCAGAAAAGACCAAUUGAGGAAUGAGAUAAUCAGACAAAAAGUGAGAGUAACACCUAUAGAAGAUAAGAUGCAGGAGUCUCGUUUGCGGUGGUUUAGGCAUGUGCGUAGAAGACCAAGUAAUGUAGCUAUUAGAUGACUUGAGGGGUGGGAAGAAGAGGCAGAGAAGAGAGGGAGGGGAAGACCCAAACAGACUUGGAUUAGAGGAAUCAGAACUGAUAUGUGUCUUCUUGGGUUGGAUGAGAGUAUGACUUUGGAGAGAGCAAAGUGGAGGGCGCACAUCCGUGUGGACGACAAUUGAUGUCUUUUCUACCUUUCCUCUCUCUUCUCUUUUAUCGUUUAUCUUCUUUAUCUUUUUAUAUUUUAAUGUUAUCGAUUCAGGUUAGCCGACCCUGAAUUCUUUUGGGAUUAACUCCCAGUGAUGUUAAUAGCUGUGCUAUCGCGUGCUAUAGUGGUAUUGCGGAGCGGAGGCCAAGGUUGGCGCUACCAGAGGACCUGUAGCGUCGUGUUUGGGUGUAGCGGAUAUAGCGGCUGCAUUAGCCGGCGCGCUAAUUCGGUGAAGGCGGACGCUAUAGCGGUGCAAUUCAUCGAAUGGAAGUAUCUGCAUAUUAUCUGCGUAUUAUUUACUUACUGCUGAGGUAGAAGGGUAAAUUUGUCUUUUAAAAUAAGAUAUUAACAACUUAAAACCCUUCUACACGUGAGUAGAAGUGCAAACAAAUACAAACGGCCCCAUCUUUUCAAAGUACCCCGUAUCUCAUUCUUUGUGCUCUGCGAUGAUAUCUUUCUCCUUUGCGACGACAUCUCCUUCAAAAACGACAACAUUUGCACUCCUUUUCGCUUCUUUCCACGGGUAGAAUCUGCUGCUUCAUCUUCUUGAGUUCUUUCAUUCUUCUACUUCUGCUGCAAGCCUGCAACAUCUUUUACAAGAAGAUCAACCUUUGCUGCGGUCUUCUUUUCUUCUUCUCAUUAUUCAUCUUGUACAACAAAGUUCUUUAUCAUCUCGUAUGGAGUCUACUGUCAUUAAUAGCAUCUUAUGUUUGGCUCAUGAAACUAAAGAGUAUUUCUAAGUAAUUUAGGAUUUAUGAAUGUUAAGACUUAAGAUGUUUGCUACCUUCAUUGGCAUAUAUCAUACUUUUUGAAUUCAAAAUGUGUACGUAAUGUAUUAUACAGAGUAUAUGCUUCCCGUAGUCUAAAUAGCGUUUUUGGGGCUCGCCGCUACGCUCCGCUAUCCGGGAUUGACAACACUGGGAUUAAGCCUUGGAUGUUGUUUGUUGUUGUUAUUCCAAAUUUGUCUUCAAAUAUUUUACAAUACCCGUAAAACCAUUUUCCAUGAACCAAGCAGUUCCCUUACAUGCUAUGAUCAUAUUAUAUUAUACAAGGCAGUGUAUAUCCCAUGAACCAAUCAACCUAUAAGGGUAAAUGUUCUGGAAUAAGUCAUAGUUGUGAGACCUGUUUGAUCUAAAUAAUUGAUGUGUAGAGGCACCAGGGUUUUUGGUUUCUUUAUUAGUUGUUGGAUUUAUCGUGAACAUGAAAAUGCAUUAUUUGGCGCAAACAUAGUUUUGAAAGACACCAAUAUUUUGAUCAAUUGAUUGAAACAUAUUAACAGGUUUUGAUUUUAUGCGAAAAGCUCCACUCUGUCUCUUCGCAAUUUGACCAACUCAGAGCCAUACGCUAUCAAGAUGUUAUUAACCGUAAAGCACUGAGAAGGAAACCUAGAAAGGCUGGCAAAACUAGUGCAACAGAGAUAUCCACACCCUCUAACUUAGAAGAACAAAUUAAGCAAAGUGAUGCUCAGACCUUGGAGUCCAAUGACCUAAGAUCAGAGCCUGUCAGAGUUCAAGAACAAUUUUUAGAUGAUGAAACACGGGCUCUUCAGGCAGAGUUGAGUGGCCUUUUGGAUGCUGUUCAAGAAACUGAAACCAAGAUGGUGGGAAUGUCUGCCUUGAACCAUCUAAUGUCCACACAUGUUCUUCAACAGGCCCAACAGAUUGAGUAUUUGUAUGACCAGGCAGUUGAAGCUACAAUGAAUGUAGAGCUUGGUAACAAGGAGUUAACAAAAGCCAUUCAACGCAAUAGCAGUAGCCGAACUUUUCUUCUGCUCUUUCUGUUUGUACUCACCUUUUCAAUUCUUUUCCUUGAUUGGUAUAAUUAGUUGGGUUACUCAUAUUUUAAUUCUUAUGUAAGGUUAUAUUCCCUUAUUUUAAAUUGCUUUUAGUAAUGGUAUACAUUUGUAGCAUCUUUGUGUUUGGGGCUUAAAAAACAAAUGCGUAUUUUUUAAUUAUGCGCAUCUUUU